AUGUAUGUUCUCCAACUCUGCUCUUGCAUCAUUGGUCCAGUCAGUGCUUCCACAGCAGCCAAUCAUCAUCCAUCAGAAACAAUCAUUGGUCCAGUCAGUGCUUCCACAGCACCCAAUCAUCAUCCAUCAGAAACAAUCAUUGGUCCAGUCAGUGCUUACACAGCAGCCAAUCAUCAUCCAUCAGAAACAAUCAUUGGUCCAGUCAGAACUUCCACAGCCGCCAAUCAUCAUCCAUCAGAAACAAUCAUUGGUCCAGUCAGAAUUUCCACAGCACCCAAUCAUCAUCCAUCAGAAACAAUCAUUGGUCCAGUCAGAACUUCCACAGCAGCCAAUCAUCAUCCAUCAGAAACAAUCAUUGGUCCAGUCAGUCCUUACACAGCAGCCAAUCAUCAUCCAUCAGAAACAAUCAUUGGUCCAGUCAGUCCUUACACAGCAGCCAAUCAUCAUCCACCAGAAACAAUCAUUGGUCCAGUCAGAACUUCCACAGCACCCAAUCAUCAUCCACCAGAAACAAUCAUUGGUCCAGUCAGAACUUCCACAGCAGCCAAUCAUCAUCCACCAGAAACAGUCAUUGGUCCAGUAUCAUCAAGGUCUCUGAGUGUUACAGGUAUCAUCAAGGGCUCUGAGUGUUACAGGUAUGAUCCAAGGUAUGAUCAAGGACUGAGUGUUACAGGUAUGAUCAAGGACUCUGGUGUUACAGGUAUGAUCAAGGACUCUGAGUGUUACGGGUAUGAUCAAGGACUCUGA